CGGCAACUUUCAAACGUAACCAUGGAAGGUAGUUCUGAAAUAAGGAAAAAGUCUCGGGAAUCUAAAGUGUGUUCGAGAUGUGGGAAAUCAGUUAUAAAUUUAUCUCGUCAUCAGAAGGAUGUACAUAAAGUGAAUAAGAUUUUUCGUCAGGUAGAUGUAUAUAUAAAUGGAAACAAGAAAGCGCCUAAUAGGAAGAUAAAGUUUUGUCCGUUAUCUCCAUGCAAGCAUUCAAAGAAAGGUGUCUUUCAACUUCAUCAUCAUUUACAGUCAAAUAUCCACAAGCUUAAUCCCAACUCAAACCAAUACUUAGAUGCGCUUAAAUCUGCUCCGAGAAUUGGGCUUCAAGAGCUACGAGAUCACAUUGCCAAGAGAAAGAAAUCCAAAGCAAAGAGCGCCACAACUAAAGAUGGUCCUAAAAAGAGAAAAAUCGAAUCAAAAUCACCUGUACGUGGAAAGGCCGCAAAAAGGGUGAAAUUUUACAAGGGUGACAAGGAAAAUGAGUAUAGUUUGGUGAAUAGAAUCGAAGCUGAGGAAGAAAUUGAAAAUGACUCGGAUGAUCAAUUAUUAGAAAAUCCUGAAGGAGAAGCAACUAUCAGCAGAAACGUGAGUAACCCUGGGCACCUCGCACCGACCUCCUCCAAUAGUAAUGCAGAGGAGCGCAAACUACAUAAUGAAGAAAGUUGUGAAUCAAAGGUAAGAGAGACGUACAAUGAUGAUGACAGCAAAUUAGAGUAUGAUCAGCAAGUUGAUAAAGUGGAACACAAGCUACAUAAUGAAGAAAGUGGAGAUUCAGGCAAUGAUCAUGACAGUAAUUUGGAGUAUGAAAAAGUAAUGGAUCAAAUGGAAUCAAAGGUAGGUGAUACACAUGAUGACCAUGACAGCGAUUUGGAGUAUGAUCAACUUGUGGAUAACGUGUGGAAAAGAAAUGAAGAGUGCAAGAAGCGAAGCUUUAAACAGUUAGUGUCUAUGAUGUCCUCCCAGUGUGAAAGCGAUGCCGAGCUAUCUGAAGAGUUAAACAACCGCAAAAAUGCUGACCAAGUAAUCCAACCACCUCAACCACCAGUGACGGCUGGUAAUACCAAAUCUAGUGAAAUAGUUAUAUGCGACAGUGAAGAAGAGGAAAUUUUAGACCCAAACUAUCACCCUUCCCUGGACUCCGAAUCAGAGUGUAGCACUGGAAGCUUGUCAGAUAACUGCUCGUUGCAAGAAAGGGAUGACAUUUUAACUGAUUUCGUGGAAAACGUAGAUAAUCUCGAUUUUCUUCGUGUGGAACCAGAAUGGAAGAGCGUGGUUGAUGUUGUUUUUGAAAGAAAAAAGAACGCUGGUAAUACUGACUCCCAAAGCAAUCUUUCACAAGGUAAAGUGCCUAAGGAAGUUAUGAAUGAUGAUGAAUCAUCAGUAUACGAUAGCGAUGAUGAUGAUAAUGACGACUGUCUUGAAGAGAUGGAAGAUGAUGUCAGUUUUGAAGACAAUGAUAGUAGUGAUGACAGCCCACUGCUUAACGAGUUUCAUUCCUGGUUGAUAGACGUAGACGGGGGUUAUCGCUGCGCAAAAGUGGCUGGUCAGUACAAGUCACAGGUAAAACGCAUCAUGAAAGUUCUUUCAGAAGAUUUCCCUCAAGCAGCAAAUGAAAUAGAUCUUGUUACUGUCGAGGGGCAUGACGGAGUGGUAAUGUUGAGGAAGUGGUUGGGUCAACUAUCUGAGGAGUAUCAACCUGGAACCAUUAGAUCAUACCUAAUGAGCCUUAGGCUAUUCCUUAAAUUCCUUGUGCAAGAAGAGAAAGGGCAAGAUAGAUUAGACACACUUCAUGCAAGGAGAGAUCUUUUAACUUCGUGGUCAUCUGCUCAAAGAAAGAAGGUGCUGAAAAGGAAAUUAGAGAAACAUGACAUGGACUUUGCAAAACUCCUUUCUAGCGAAGAUCUAUAUAAAGUGUCAAAUGGACAACAGCGAAUAAACAUAAUUAAAGCGCUUGGAACAGCUGCGGAGAAAAGCAAAGCUUGUGGAGAACCUGUGCUGGUCAACGAUCAGACCUUUUGCGAAGUAAGGGAUUGGCUGAUUACAAGAUUAAUAAUUGACAACUCCGGAAGAAGUGGUAUUGCAGCAAAUAUAACAGUGGAGGAAUUCAAAGAUGCUAAACUGUACGCUGGAGAAGAAGAUGGAGAGAGAUACCGCGUAUCAGUUAAGAAUCACAAGACAGGAGGUGUUUAUGGGGCAGCCAUUGUAUGGUUUCAUGCUGAUGUUUACAAUCUGGUGAAUACGUAUAUCUCAAGGGUGAGGCCUAAGUACGUCAAAGAUGCCACAGAUAACAUGUUCGUUUCAACCAAUGGCGUUAAACUUACUUCAUCGCAAGUAUCCACGUGUCUGACUCGUACAUUUCAAAGGGAGGGUGUGAAGUUUCACGGUCGCAUCUCCGCAACCUUGAUAAGAAAAUCUCUGGCAUCAGGAGUGCAUGUCCAUUUGCCUGAAGAUCAAGAACAACUGGCUGCCCUUGCACAGCACAAACCUCAAACACAAGCUCAAUAUUACCGCAUCAAUGACAAAGUUAGAGAAACAGAUAUUGGGCGUCGUGCUGUCAGAAAAUUUAUCACCAUGAACUGCGCAAAGACAGAGGUAUCAAUAAUUCCUGUCGAGUGGACCGAGGAAGAGACCUCAAAACUUCAAGAUUUAUUCAAGUCUGAAAUUGAGACUGGUAACAUAACUGAAAACAUUGUCAGAGAUAAACUUGGUGCUUCCAACCUGUUGGAAACACACUCCAUGAAGGCAAUUGUGUUGAAAGUGAGAAGGCUUCGAUCAGAAUUUACCAAAAACUUAGAACCACCAACUGAAGUUGAGUCUCCUGAACAGAAGAUAGAACGGUUUAUGUCUUCCAGAGCUCCAUCCAUCGCAUCUGAAUCUGCAAAGCCAUCAUGGAGUAAGUUCACCGAUGAACAAACAGACCAUCUCCUAUCGUUAACUCAGGAUAUGAUUGAAAACAACGCAGUAAAAAGAGAGGUCGUUUGGGAACGGGUGAUAAAUGAUGAGAAAGCAUGGAAAACCGGGUUGGUCUUCGGAACCGAUGAUGAGGAGCUUUUUUGAGGCAAAAACAACGUUUGGCGGACAAGGUACGAAAAGAAGUCAAACGUCAAAAGAUGAAGAGAAAGUAGUAGUUUGAUCCUGUGGUUCUUGCAUUAUAUUUGAACAUUAGUUGACAUUGAACAUUUCUUGUCUUUAUGUAUUCAGGGUUACAACAUAAUUGAGUCCUAUAUUGUUAACAUGUUAUUUUCUUUAACCGUUUGCCAGUCAUUUUAUGGUUGAUCGUUUUAUUUCAAGUAAGUCAAUAUUCCCUAAAAAGGCCGAUUUACACAAUGCAAUUUCUUCGUGUGUUAAGGUUCGAACGACAAGUCAUAGGGUCGUGUACGACCUGA